GUCGACCGUACGAGAAGCAGGCCAUGCCGAAGAUCCUCGGCGACCCAGCUGACUGGGAAAAUCCGGCUGCGGUGUUAUGCGGUGUUUAGUUUAAUGCGACGGGACUCGGGCUCGGGUAAGUAAGUGAUAAGUAAAUAUAUUAGGUGGAUAUGUAAAUGCCAUCCGAAACAGAAUGUCCUGGAGGUUUCUUCAAAAGUAAAGCCCCGACUCCUAUCUUCUACAUACCCACUCGGAUUUUUAGACGGGAACCGCACGCUUUGAUAUGACUUCCAAACCAGAUUGGGGGGAGACCACCUCCGCUUUGGAGGUUGCGAACACUUAUGCGAAGCAGCUUCAAGGUAGAAACGUCUUGAUUACGGGCGUUUCGCCUGAGGGAGUGGGCGAAGGCACAGCCAUUGCCAUUGCGUCCCAGAAACCAGCGAAUUUGAUUUUGGUAUCAAGAACGAAGGAAAGGCUUGAAGCUGUAGCGUCAUCUAUCCGCAAAUCAUACCCAGAUGUCAAUGUGCAAACGGUUACGAUGGACUUGGCCUCCCAAGCGUCGAUUCGCGAGGCGGCUACGAAGGUUAACGGUUUGAUCUCGAAGCUGGAUAUCUUGAUCAACAAUGCCGGGGCGACUUUCAACUCGCGCUCUUGGACAGCUGAAGGAAUUGAAAUACAAUUUGGCGCCAAUCAUAUUGGCCCGUUCCUAUUCACAAAGUUGCUGCUCCCUCUCCUAGAAAAGGCAGCUACACAGUCCCCUGCUGGAGCAACUCGUAUCGUUAAUCUUGCCAGCCAUGGCCAUCGGAUAUCCCCCAUACGCUUUCACGACUACAACAUAGAGAAUAAGGAAGUACCUCCGGAAGAAAAACCGUUCUCGCCUCUGCCACCUGCACUCACCAGAGUGAAGGAAGAUGGCUACAUGCCUAUCAUUGCGUAUGGCCAGAGCAAGACAGCAAACAUUCUAUUCACUCUUUAUCUUCAAGAGAAGUUGAAGACAAAGGGAAUUGCAGCAUAUGCUGUGCACCCGGGAGGUGUGAAUACCAACCUUGGCCGUGACCAUGACCCAGAAACGGCAGAUGCCAUUGCACAAUCAUCCAAGUUUUGGAAGAAUUGCGAUCAAGGAGCGUCCACGACUCUGGUGGCUGCAUUAGACCCGGCGCUGAAUGUUUGUAAUGGUCUCUACUUGUCUGACUGCCAAUAUUGCCCUUGUGCAGACCAUGCCAAGGACCUGACGAUAGCCAAGCGACUCUGGCAACUGAGCGAAGAGCUGAUUGGCGAUAAAUUCGAUCUUGAAUAGAUUGGAUACCUACGAAAUAGGUGUGUUAUCUUUCGGUGCUUUGCCUAUGGGCUUAGUUAGGCUGUGGGUAGGGUAGGAUAGAUGCCACGCAGUAUUGAUUAGGCCUCUCUAUUAGAAUGGAGGGAGACGGUGUUUUAACCUUCGACCGGCUAAAUUAGUGGUGUAUGCAAGCUCUUAGGCGAGUUGCGGAUUACAUCCUAGGG